GGCGUCAGGCGAUGUCGGCGCCCGCCGCCCCGCGGGCCGGCGACGGCAAUGCCAGCCCGGCAUCGGCCCGGCGCUUCGGCAGCGGCGCGCGGCCCUCGAAGGACGAUCCCCCCGACGGGGUUGAAGUCGCCGACCUCGGCGAGGUUGCCGAGGAGGCCGUGACCCGCAGUUCCAUGGAGCGUUGCGUGGGGCGGCUGUCGGACGAGAUCAAGGGCCAUCUGGACGGGCACCAUGCAGGAGGUCCAGAGGACGGUGCAGGACGAGGAGCGGCGGUGCUGCUGGACUCCCUCGAGGGCUCGUUCAAGCAGCAGCUCGAGGCGGCCGUGAGCGAUCUGCGCGAGCUGAGCAGGAGACCACGUUGCAGGAGAUCCGGGAGUCCAUCAAGGUUGACGCGGCUCGGUCGGAAGCAAAGGUCGUCCAGGCCAUCCACGCGGUCGAGGCGCAGGGCGUCGCGUGGAGCGCCCUGGCCUCCGAGAGCAGGACAUCCUUUGCGGAGCUCGACCGCAAGCUGA